GAUAAAAAAGUUAAUUAUUGAUAGAGAAAACAACAGCUGAGUAUAAGUAAGAGCUACCUCCCUCUAUAUAUCUAUUAAAUGUUCACGAAAACGUCAUAAGAUUGUGUAUAUCUUGGAAUGUUUUACAGAUAAGGUUGAAAUUGGGUAGUUUCUGUAGGUUUCCUGUUCAAAUAUAUCGUCAUUCGAUGUUAUAAUUAGCUACCAAUACGUUCGCCAAUCUUUUGUAAGGAGGAGAAUUCCAAUUAAGACAAACCGGAAGCAAUAAAGUAGUGAACGAAAUGUCUCAAAAUCGCGCUGUCUCAUCGAAAAAUCCAAAUUUGGAUGAAAUGUCUUCCGACUUCCUCUACCACUUAGCGGUAAACAUACCUGAUACUAAGAACCCGGUAGAGAUUAAAAGACAGUAUGGGCAUAUUAAGGUGGUAUGCUUGGGUGGCAAGGACUCGCGUAUGCAAGAAUUGGCCAAGUAUAUACAUUUUAAUGUAUACGAUGGCAAUUCGGGUAGUGAUUAUGAGAGGAAUUUAUUCGAGGAGGGUCACAGAUAUGCUGGGUUUAUGGUUGGCUGCGUGCUGUGUGUCAGCCAUGGCGUUGGCAGCUCCACGAUGAGUGUGGUAUUACACGAACUAAUUAAAUUGGUUCGUUAUGCUGAAUGUGUGGAUCCGCUCUUCAUACGUAUUGGCACGAGUGGUGGACUAGGGAUUAGACCGGGUACUGUAGUUGUCGCUAAUAAGGGUUAUAAUGGCUUAUUGCGCAGUGAAUAUGAACUCGCUAUUUUAGGAAAACGCGUGGCACGUCCAGCUCUAUUCGACGAGAGAUUACGUAGAGACUUGAUUGCUUGCACGGAAGCAGCCGACGCUGAGGAGCAAAAUGCCUGGUCCAUCAUCGAAGGCAAUACGAUGGGAACAGAUUGCUUCUAUGAAGGCCAAGGUCGACUCGAUGGCGCUUCUUGCACACAGGCAAAUGGCGAGCCAUACAGCGUAGCCGACAAGCUUAACUUCCUAAAACGCUGUCACGAUGAAUGUGGCAUCAGAAACAUCGAAAUGGAGGCGCCUAUGUUUGCGGCUCUAACCUUUCAUUGUGGCAUACGCGCCGCUGAUGUUUGCGUAACACUUUUGAAUCGACUAGAGGGCGAUCAGGUGAAGAGUACCAAGGCGCAAUUAAAGGACUUCGAAGAGCGUCCCUUUAGACUUGUGUCGCGUUUCAUAAGACGUUGCAUAAUAAACGCUGCAUGAACGUGUUAAUAAAAUAUAUAUUUGUAUUUGAAGCGAUUUUUUUAUACUAAAUAAACUAUAAUUAAAAUGUUA